UAAAGUCGAUAUUAUGCAAAACUUGGAAUUAAAAACAGAACGCGAGUUAUGGUGAAAGUUUCAAAUCAUGACUCUGCUUUCAAACUUUUCAAGGAUGACUCGACGAAUAACUAUUAAGCACUUUGCUAUAUUCAUCUUAUUAAUUGGAGUGCUUCUCUAUAUUAGCUACGACUACAUCGAGAUACAAUCCGUUCACAGAGUCUUCAACAAGUUAUUAUUCGCUGAUGCAAACCCGACACCAACACCAGACAAAUGGAAACCUCGAGAGAAAAUUUUACCCAAACUCCGCUUAAAGGCCGGUAGAAUCUUCCUUGUGAUUCUAGUAUCAAGUUUGCCAAAUGCUAUAGAAAGUAGAGAAGCAAUCAGGGAAACUUGGGCGAAAAGUCUGAUAGCUAACGAUACAAAGUUAGAUUCGUGUUUAAUAUUCGUUGUUGGCUCCUCAAAAAGCACCCAUCUCGAUAUCGAGGUGGAAGAAGAAGCUAAGCAAUACGGAGACAUCUUCCGGAGUAAAUAUUUGGACAAGCCACGUCAUGAGAUAGCGAAGAUAUGGAAGUCGUAUUAUUGGGUCGCUAAAUACGAGCCUAAAUACGUUAUAAAGACGAAAGACGAUGUUUACAUCUAUUUGCCCUCGGUAAUGAGGUGGUUGAAGCAACGCGACCCAAAAGAACAACUAUACGCCGGCAAGCUCAUCAACCAUGCUCGCGUGAUCCGAGAUAAAAAAGAUGAAUUUUACGUGAGCUGGAAUGAAUUCUCUGAAACAUUUUAUCCCGAUUACUGCUCCGGAGAGAUCUAUGUUUUCUCUGGAAACAUAUUAGAGAAGUUGAUAAGGCUCUCGUCGUCAAUUGCUAUGUUCGAAGUGGAGGAUGCCUACUUUGGUUUGUUGGUACACAGGGCUGACAUCACGCCAGUGGACUUGAGAAGUCAGGUUUAUCUGGAUCCCUUGGCACCACAUAAGGUCCAAUCAUGGACGAACAGUGGGUUUCAAGAGGCCUUUGCAAUAGGCUUUAAUAUCCCUCCCAAUCUACUUCAGUACAUCACCGAUAGGUAUAAAAAAGUAGAGGAUAUAGUGGUCACCUAAUGUUACACUGAUGAUAAGAUGAACAGACCAAAGGAUUCACGGAAGAAAAUGAACACAAGGUUAAAGCCGCAUUGUCACCAGUUUACUUCGACGGAAACCUCAACCACAGGCUUCCCACCCGCGUCAAUGAAGGAUUUCUAAGGACAGACGAAAAUCACGCAAAUAAACAUUUCUAUGAGUUAUAUCUCCAUGCUCUAUUCAUGAAUAAAUAAACUUAGUUGGGAUGUA